AUGCCAAACAUCUCCUUAACCCCAUCUACAGGCCCAGCCCCAGCCAGCUACGAAGCAGAAACAGAAAGACACACCGCAACUUCCCCAAUCCCCGCACCAACAACCACCCCAACUACAAGACCAAAAUACCUCUACUUCGCCUAUGGCUCGAACCUCUCCCCAGCGCAGAUGGCCAUGCGCUGCAUUACAGACCCUUCAUCCAGCAAACCCCUUGCAAUAGCCAAACUCUCCCACUGGCGCUGGCUAAUCUGCGAAGCGGGAUAUGCGAAUGUCCUGCCGCCGGCUGGACUGCGGGUUCCCGGUCAGGAUGAUGCUGCGCCACAGAUCCCGGUUUCGGGGGUUGAAGAUGCGGUUUAUGGGGUUCUUUAUGAGAUGGUUAUUGCGGAUGAGAGAAUUCUGGAUGGGUAUGAGGGGAUUGAUACGCAUGCCGGGGAUGCGGAUGGGCGGUUUGUUGAUGUUGAUGUUCGGCCGAGGGAGCAGGGGGAUGGGAGCUAUAAUAAGUGGUUUGUUGAGGCGGAGGUGGUGAAGUGGUUGGAUGAUGGGGAGCAUGGGGAAGUGAAAGUUUUGGUUUAUGUUGAUGAGAACUGCGUUACGGUGUCUAAGCCCAAGUUUGAGUAUAUUGCGCGGAUGAAUCGGGGGAUUCGGGAGUCUGUGGAGCUGGGGAUGCCGCAAAGCUGGGUAGACGAGGUUAUAAGGAAAUUCAUCCCUGAGGAAUAG